CUGGGAUGACAGCAGCUCAGUUAGUAGUGGCCUCAGUGACACUCUUGACAACCUCAGCACAGAUGAUUUGAACACCACCUCAUCUGUCAGCUCUUAUUCCAAUAUAACUGCCUCUUCAAGGAAGAACACUCAUCUGAAGACAGACUCAGAGAAGCGCUCAGUUACAGACAGUGAAACUUGGGGCAGCACUGAAGAACUGAAGAAACCAGAGGAAGAUUUUGACAGCAGCGUAGACGGCAGUGGCAAGUGGAAAGGCCUUCCCUCGGGGCUGUCUGAAGAGUCAGAGAAGGGGGGGCAGAAAGCAUCUCUAUCUGUUUCACAGACCGGAUCCUGGAGGAGAGGCAUGACUGCACAAGUAGGAACAACUCAGUCCAGGCACAAAGCAGGAACAAGUGCGCUCAAGACCCCGGGAAAAACUGAUGAUGCAAAAGCUUCAGAAAAAGUGAAAACUCCUCUGAAAGGAGCCUCUAUUCAGCGCUCUCCAUCAGAUGCAGGAAAAAGCAGCGGUGAUGAAGGAAAAAAGCCUCCCUCUGGCAUUGGGAGAUCUACUGCUACGGGUUCCUUUGGAUUCAAGAAAUCCGGGAUGGGAUCUUCUACCAUAAUCACCACAAGUGGAGCGACUAUUACAAGUGGGUCGGCAACUCUAGGAAAAAUGCCAAAAUCUUCAGCCAUCAGUGGGAAGUCAAACGCAGGGCGGAAAACGAGCUUAGAUGGUUCCCAGAACCAGGAUGACGGCAUCCUGCAUGUGAACUCAAAGACAACUCUGCAGUAUCGAAGUUUGCCUCGCCCAUCAAAAUCCAGUGGCAGUGGGAUCCCUGGCAGGGGCGGCCACCGCUCCAGCACCAGCAGCAUUGACUCCAAUGUCAGCAGCAAAUCUGCAGGUGCCACUGCCACCAAACUGCGAGAGCCAAGUAAGAUCGGGUCAGGGCGGUCCAGCCCCGUCACCAUCAACCAGACGGACAAGGAAAAAGAGAAAGUGGCCGUGUCUGAUUCUGAGAGUGUCUCGCUGUCCAGUUCCCCCAAAUCCAGCCCAACUUCAGCAAGCGCCUCUGGUACGCCAGGACUUAGGCAGCCAGGAUCCAAAUACCCAGAUAUCGCCUCACCCACCUUUCGAAGGUUGUUUGGUGCCAAGGCAAGUGGUAAAGCUGCCUCUGCACCCAGUACUGAAGGUGUGAAACCCACAUCGGCAAUGCCCAGCCCUAGUACCACCUUGGCACGGCAAGGCAGCCUGGAAUCGCCAUCCUCGGGCACAGGCAGCAUGGGCAGUGCAGGUGGGCAAAGUGGUAGCAGCAGCCCCCUCUUCAGUAAACCUUCGGACUUAAAUGCAGAUGUUGUAAGCUUAAGUCACUCCUUGGCUUCCAGUCCCGCCUCAGUGCACUCUUUCACAUCAGGUGGUCUUGUGUGGGCUGCAAACCUGAGCAGCUCUUCAGCGGGCAGUAAGGACACACCCAGUUACCAGUCCAUGACUAGCCUUCACACCAGUUCCGAGUCUAUUGACCUUCCUCUUAGCCAUCAUGGCUCUCUCUCUGGACUGACAACAAGCACUCAGGAGGUUCAGAGCCUGCUCAUGAGGACUGGAAGCGUCAGAUCUACUCUUUCGGAAAGCGUGCAGCUUGACAGAAAUACACUACCCAAAAAGGGAUUAAGAUAUACUCCAUCAUCCCGGCAGACGAGUCAGGAGGAAGGCAAGGAAUGGCUACGCUCCCAUUCAACUGGAGGCCUGCAAGACACUGGCAGUCAGUCCCCACUUGUUUCUCCUUCAGCUAUGUCUUCAUCUGCGACUGGAAAAUAUCACUUUUCCAACCUGGUGAGUCCAACCAACCUGUCUCAGUUUAACCUUCCUGGACCCAGUAUGAUGCGCUCAAACAGCAUCCCUGCACAAGACACUUCUUUUGAUCUGUAUGAUGACUCCCAACUGUGUGGCAGUGCUACAUCCUUAGAAGAGAGACCACGAGCGAUUAGUCAUUCAGGUUCAUUCAGGGACAGCAUGGAAGAAGUACAUGGCUCCUCAUUAUCACUUGUCUCCAGCACAUCCUCUCUCUACUCUACGGCAGAAGAAAAGGCACAUUCAGAGCAAAUUCAGAAACUACGGAGAGAGCUGGUUGCAUCACAAGAGAAAGUUGCUACCCUUACAUCUCAGCUUUCAGCAAAUGCUCAUCUAGUAGCAGCUUUCGAAAAGAGCUUGGGAAAUAUGACUGGCCGAUUGCAAAGUCUAACAAUGACAGCUGAACAAAAGGAAUCUGAGCUUAUAGAGCUAAGGGAAACCAUUGAAAUGCUGAAAGCCCAGAAUUCUGCUGCACAAGCUGCUAUUCAAGGAGCCUUGAACGGUCCUGAUCAUACCCACAAAGAUCUACGUAUAAGGCGGCAACAUUCUUCCGAAAGUGUUUCCAGCAUCAACAGCGCUACAAGCCAUUCAAGCAUUGGCAGUGGUAACGAUGCUGACUCCAAGAAAAAGAAGAAGAAAAACUGGGUGAACUCUAGAGGAAGUGAGCUAAGAAGCUCUUUCAAACAGGCCUUUGGAAAGAAGAAGUCCACCAAGCCUCCUUCCUCACAUUCAGACAUAGAAGAGCUGACAGACUCCUCUCUUCCUUCAUCACCCAAAUUGCCCCACAGCUUGGGAGAGUGUGGGGCAACAUCAAUGAAACCAUCACAGUCAGCAUCUGCGAUCUGUGAGUGCACUGAGGCAGAGGCUGAAAUUAUUCUUCAGCUAAAGAGUGAGCUGAGGGAGAAGGAGCUAAAAUUAACAGACAUCCGUCUUGAAGCCCUCAGCUCUGCACACCAUCUGGAUCAGAUUCGGGAAGCCAUGAACCGCAUGCAGAAUGAAAUUGAGAUAUUGAAAGCUGAAAAUGAUCGUUUAAAGGCAGAGACUGGAAAUACCGGAAAGCCUGCCCGGCCACCAUCAGAGUCUUCAAGUAGUACAUCAUCAUCUUCAUCACGGCAGUCACUAGGACUUUCUCUGAACAAUUUAAACAUCACAGAAUCUGUUACAGCAGAUAUUUUGUUGGAUGAUACCACUGAUGGAGCACUCCACAAAGAAGGUCACAGUGUGAAAAUUUUAGUCACUAUAAACAAGGGCUAUAGUCGAGCCAAGGAUCAAAAACCACAUGCAUAUCUGAUAGGAUCAAUUGGAGUCAGCGGAAAAACAAAAUGGGACAUUUUAGAUGGUGUAAUCAGACGUCUCUUUAAGGAAUAUAUUUUCCGAGUGGAUCCGACUACUAGCCUGGGUUUAAGCUCUGACUGUAUUGCUAGCUAUUGUAUAGGGGAUGUCAUUAGAGCCCAUAGCCUAGAAGUGCCUGAACUGCUGCCUUGUGGAUAUCUGGUUGGAGAUAAUAACGUCAUCACUGUGAACCUGAAAGGAGUGGAAGAAAACAGUUUGGACAGUUUUGUGUUUGACACAUUAAUUCCUAAGCCAAUUACCCAGCGGUACUUUAAUUUACUGAUGGAGCAUCGCAGAAUUAUUCUGUCGGGACCCAGUGGCACAGGAAAGACCUAUUUAGCUAACAGGCUGGCUGAAUAUAUUAUAACUAAAUCUGGCAGAAAAAAAACUGAGGAUGCAAUUGCAACUUUCAACAUAGAUCACAAGUCAAGCAAGGAUCUGCGACAAUACCUGGCAAACUUAGCUGAGCAAUGCAGUGCUGACAACAAUGGUGCUGACCUCCCUGUGGUCAUAAUUCUUGAUAACCUCCACCACAUCAGUUCACUAAGUGAUAUCUUCAAUGGUUUCCUCAACUGUAAAUACAAUAAAUGUCCCUAUAUUAUUGGAACCAUGAACCAGGGAGUUUCUUCUUCACCAAAUCUGGAGCUGCAUCACAAUUUCAGGUGGGUGCUGUGUGCUAAUCACACGGAGCCUGUUAAAGGUUUCUUGGGCAGAUAUCUGAGAAGGAAACUGAUUGAGACUGAAAUAGAAAGGAACAUACGCAAUAAUGAGCUCAUCAAAAUUAUUGACUGGAUCCCCAAAACGUGGCAUCAUCUCAACAGCUUCCUAGAAACGCACAGCUCUUCAGAUGUAACUAUUGGUCCCCGCCUCUUCCUCCCUUGCCCUAUGGAUGUUGAUGGCUCCAGAGUGUGGUUCACAGACCUCUGGAACUAUUCCCUGGUGCCAUAUCUUCUGGAAGCUGUGAGAGAAGGACUUCAGAUGUAUGGUAAGAGGGCACCCUGGGAGGAUCCCUCCAAGUGGGUAGCUGAUACCUAUCCAUGGAGCUCUGCAUCUCUACAGCAUGAGUGGCCAUCGCUGCUUCAGUUAAGACCAGAAGAUGUUGGUUAUGAAGGUUAUGCAUCAGCAAAGGAAGGAACAACCUCAAAGCAUGUUCCACAGACUGAUACAGAGGGGGAUCCCUUGAUGAAUAUGCUAAUGAGGCUUCAAGAGGCAGCCAACUAUUCGAGCGCACAAAGCUGUGACAGUGAUAGCACCAGCCACCAUGAUGACAUUUUGGAUUCAUCCCUUGAAUCAACUCUCUGAAAGGGACAAACGUUGGUGGAGGAUUAUGGUAAAAUCUAUUUCCACUUAGACCACUGCCAGUAUUAAAGCAGCACUCCGAGGUCCCUGAGUGAGAACGGUGCAUUGUAGGUAGGAAAGAGACCUAGCUCUGCAAAGUCAGGAAGAAAAAUUGAAGUGGAAAGCUUGAAUUAGUUUAAUUUCAAGGCAUUUCAAUACCUAUGGAGCAAUGUGAGACUCCAUUUGUCAACUGGAAAGGGCCCUAGACCAAGGGCAUCUAAGCAGAUUGCACACGUGUUAGCCAAACUGGAAUUUUUUUCCCCUUUUCCUCUUUCUCUCUCUCUCUCUCUCUUGCUCUCUCUCUGUUUCUCUGUACGAGUUUACAGUGCAACUUCUUCUGUUUUUUUCCUUUAGUUUACCCUGAGACAUUGCAUGAACAAUGCAGUCUUCUAAUUCUCUUCUAACCUCUGUUGUGCCACAUGGUGCUGGUCACAGGACUGCAGUAGUGUUUGUGUUGUACGCUACUGCCCAUUCCAAAACAAGUCAAAGAUGAUAGUAACUCAGUAAGCACAAACAGUAUUGUGCAAUCACCAGAAAACAUGACUGUGAUAUGCUGGAUAAGUGCCAAUUUAAUUCUAACUGCCAUGGUCACGGUGAUGCGCUCCAUCAAGUUUUUAGUACACGAGUCACAGAUUUUAUAAAGUUGUUUUUACCACAAAGGUCUUUUUUAACCACCUGCCCACUCCUUAACAACAGUUUUAUACCAAUUAUUAACCAACACUGAUUAAAGGCUUUUUAGGGCUUCAUUUGUUUGAGUCUUUUCAGUGAAAGAAGGAACAUUUCUUAUGGUGCUGUCUCACUGCCUUAAAACAGAUUUCUAGAACAGUUUUACAGUUGGUUUAAUUCCUAAACCAUUGGUAAUUUACACUGUUUUUUUCUUCAUUUACUAAUGAGAAAACGUCAGUUAACACAGUAGCCUCAUAUCUGUAUAUCAUGAUUUUUUAAAGAAAUGGAUAGGAGAAAGAACAGUUGCUAUAUAAUAUUUUUAUCUUGUGAAUAGAUUGCUCUGCCUACCCUUAGAAAUACACAAGGAACCCAAACCCACUUCCACUGCCACCUAAAUGCUGAGAAAAUCAGCUCAAAUCCAUUUGGUCCAAUGGAAUGGAGUUUUUGGAGGAUAGAUGUUUUGAAUUCUUAUCCAGCAGAGCUGGAUGCACUUGAUGCAGCAUGAGCACAAAUAUAUGUAUUUUUUUUUUCCUUUUUCUAGUUUUAGCAUGUUGUUUUGAUUGCUAUUGUUGUACAUGAAGAAUUCAGCAUAAAAGAACACUGAAGCAGUGAUGUCCACUGUGGAAGAGGAAGAGUUUAUACUGUAAAAGUGGGUUGGUUUUGCACAGUCUACUGGGUGGGUAUUGUAAAUACUGAAGAAAAAAAAAAAGAAAAAAAGCCUUGCACAAAUCAAAUUUAAAAAAAAGCAAACAAAAAAAAUUGUAUUUUAUUCUGUUGGUGUUAAGAGAUGUUUCACUUGCUGAGAUUUCCUGUAUGUUACAAACAAAUACAGAAUGCAAACCUUAAAAGCUGUUAUUACCUGGUGUGUUUGUCCUGUACUUACAGUUGUUAUGACUAUGCAGGAGCUAGCAAUGCUACAGUCAACAUAUUUCAAUAUCUAUACGAAGCCAAUACAUUUUGGGGGGAAAAAAAUCUGAAAAAGUUUUAAGUGCAUAUGUCACGGCAGGCUACAACCAGAUUGCAUUCCACCUGCUCAGAAUAAUCGGAAACACUCUUUUACCAGAAGAGGCAUCCGAUUAAAAUAGGUGCAUAUAAACAAGAAGGUAUCCAAGGGCUCUGGCAUUGUGUAGACAUGUACUGUACACCUCCAUGGAUGUUACCUUCAGGAUGUAUAUUUGGUGCUAUUAACUCUUUGUGGCCACCCUGUGGUCACUAGCUGUAAAACAAAGAUAUAUCAAUGCAGUUUCCAAAUGGCACUGAGCUGCAUCGCUGAAUCUAGAGGUUCCUACACGGUGCUAUUGCCCUAAUAAAACUCUAACUGAUUUUAUGCAUGUAGGAUUCAGUCAGACCAACAUCAUGCCCCCCAAAUCUGGAUCCAUUUCUGUUGCAAAACGUCAGUGCAUACACCUUGACUGACUCAAAAGAACUAAAGGAAAGUCUCUCUUUCCUGUACCUGUGCUCUGAGCAAACCUGCGAAUCGUUUCCUGCCAUACUGAACACACAAACACACAAUAUCACAUAUACAAAACUUCCUGCAAUGCAUCUCAGUGAGUCCACCUAGUUUACAACUCAGAAAUUGUUUGUGAAACAUUUGUCUGUACACAUUUUAUAUUUUGUACAUUUUUGAUGUAACAUAUCAUGUAAAUAGACAGAAACAGUGAAAUAAAUCAUCUGAAAAGUUUUGUAGUCUUUGUAAAGCCCUAAUAAUAAGUAUUUGGUGUCAUCGGACUUAACUGGAUGAUGUAUUUUCUAUUGGUUUAUUGUUCCUCUAGCUUGUAAACCAGCUUGCGUAUAUUUUUUUGCAGGUGUGCGCACUGUAUCUGUCUAAAUUAUUACUUUGCCAUUAAAGUGGAAUUAUUU